GACACGGUCCAAAGUUAUCCCGGAAUACAGACAGCACGCAUGUGCACGGACCCGGAUGUGAAACUUGCUGCGCCCGACCUCGCUCAUUCUGGACCGAGCCGAUCCAGGCCGAGCCGUGCUGGGUACAAACGGGCCAGAACUGGAGCCAGACCGGAAGCCGGCGGGUGGAGGGAGGCUGAGAAAUCCCCCCGGAUCUUCUAAACCGACCCCAAUUCCAGAUCAGAACUGGAGCCGCAAGGGAAGAGAAAUUCACUUUCUACGUUCAGAUGAUCUAGAACCGCCUCCAAGAACUCAGCAGAAUGCUAGAACCCGCCUGACAGCUGCAACUAUAUGGGACCUAUUUCCCCCAGCAGGUUCUCUGCAUAGGUUAUGGUGGAUAAAGAAGAUACAAGUAAGUUUCUACCACCAGUAUCCCAGCUUUUGAGACAUUAAAAAAGAGGAAAGACAAACAUUUAUAAACUUGCCAGCAACUUGAAAAGCCUUCCUGAGAUGAAGCUUGAGAACACUUCUUGACAUUAGGCUUGAGGAACCUUCUUAACAUUAGGCUUGAAGAACCUUCUUGACAUUAGGCUUGAAGAACCUUCUUGAUAUUAGGCUUGAGGAACCUUCUUAACAUUAGGCUUGAAGAACCUUCUUGACAGGCUUGAGGAACCUUCCUGAUAUUAGGCUUGAAGAACCUUCUUGACAAUAGGUUUGAGGAACCUUCUUGGCAUUAGGCUUGAGGAACCUUCUUGACAUUAGGCUUGAGGAGCCUUCUUGACAUUAAGCUUGAGGAACCUUCUUGACAUUAGACUUGAAGAACCUUCUUGACAUUAGGCUUGAGGAACCUUCUUGAAAUUAGGCUUGAAGAACCCUCUUGAAAUUAGGCUUGAAGAACCCUCUUGACAUUAGUCUUGCAGAACCUUCUAGACAGUAGGCUUGAGGAACCAUCUUAUCAUUAGGCUUGAGGAACCUUCUUGAGAUAACAUUUGAGGAACCUUCCUGAGAUUAAAUCUUAGGAACCUUCCUGAGAUUAAAUUUUAGGAACCUUCCUGAGAUAACAUUUUAGGAACCUUCUUGAGAUAACAUGUGAGGAACCUUCCUGAGAUGAAAUUUUAGAAACUCUCCUGAGAUAAAAAAUUUAUGAACCUUCUUGAGAUAAAAUUUGAGCAACCUUCCCAAGGUCAAACAUGAGGAACCUUCCUGAAAUGAAAUUUUAAUAAACGUAUUAGGACUUAACACAAGGAAACCUUUUGGGAUGAAACUUGAGGAACCUUCUUCAGAUGAUCAGCAAUGGGACUGUUAUUCUCCUGUUCUAAGACAGAAUCCACCACUCUUUUGUAUUUGGUGGGUAUUAUUUUGACAGCCUUAAAAAUAAUUUUUAUUGAAUAGAAUUCCUCACAUCCAGUUAUGGAUAUCCGGGGUAAAAAGUAUGAGCGGGGUAGUAACUGGUCAGACCCUGAGGUGGUGGAGCUUCUCCAGCUUUGGGGCAAUGAGUCUGUUCAGAUGGAGCUGGAGAGCUGCCUUAGGAACCAGCAUGUCUUUAACCGCAUUGCUGACGUGCUGCGGGAGAAAGGGAUACACCGCACUGGAGACCAGUGCCGGGAGAAGAUUAAGAAGAUGAAGUUGGAAUAUCGGAGGCUAAAGGAUAACAACAAGACCCUACGCAGUGGGAGAGCUUGGAAGUUCUACGAAGUUAUGGACAGGGUGCUAACACAUCGCCGGACCCUCUCAUAUGGAUCCUUGGGAACAGGAGUUUUGUCUCAGCCUCUGCUACAGGGAACCAUGUCUGAAGGGUUCCACCACCCCUUCGCUCAGUAUGGACACACACAGCACCCAGAACUUAUGGAGGUCAAGUGUGAGGAAGUCCAGUCAGAUGUGCAGUGUUUGACCCCAGAGCCUCCCCCUUCCAUGACUUACAUACAAGACUCAGGGGGGGAGCAAGAGGAGGAAGACAGGGUUAUGUUGGACAGAGGGCCCCCUGAUUCUCCUAUAUCAAGGGUGGAAAUUCCAGCUGAAGUGAGCGUAUCCCCCUCAGGUUUCAGUGAGUCCAACAUGGCUGGGUCGGCGGGUCAGCAGAGGUUCUGGAGGAAGAGGAAAGUACAGGAGUCACUGGAUGAACUUGUUGCACAGAUGCUGGCGGCUCAGCGGGCAUCGGAGGAUCGGUUUCUGCAGCUGGAGGAGCGCCGGAUGGAGCAGGAGCAGGAAGCAGAGGAGCGCCGGUUGCGUCUGGAGGAGCGGAGGCUGCAGUUGGACCGACAGCACGAGCUGCGAAUGUUUAGCCUUUUCUCUCAGAUGUUGGGAAUGUUACGCCCACAGGGCGGCGACAGCAGUCAGCACCCAAGUACAGAAUCUGUUUACUCCCAUGAGGCGGAGCCUAUGAGCAGGUCGGGAACAGGGAAUGUCCAGGAGUCAGAACUCGCCGAGGUGUACAACUGCAACCAGUUCAGCAGCCCCUAUCUGUCAACUCGUGGAAAUAUCCUCAGCAGCUUCCGCGGCUCAUCCGAAGAGGGUUACAGAGCCUACCAUGAGGAUAAGUACGACGAGGACAAGAACCCCAACGGAAUUAUCAACUUCGGCACCAGUGAGAAUAAACUCUGCUUUGACCUGAUGUCCAAACGGCUGACGCAGAGUGACAUGAACGUUAUGGAGCCCCCGCUACUGCAAUACCCUGACUGGAAGGGCCACACUUUUUUAAGGGAGGAGGUCGCUCGUUUCCUAACCUAUUACUGCAAGGCCCCGUCCCCUCUCAGCACAGAGAACGUGGUAAUAUUAAAUGGCUGUGGCUCGCUCUUCUCCUCUCUGGCUGCGGUGCUGUGUGAUCCGGGAGACUCAAUUUUGAUUGCAACUCCGUUCUAUGGAGGGAUCACCCAGAGCAUAUUUCUGUACAGCGGCAUUAAGCUGGUUUAUGUGCACUUGGAGAGUAAGGUGGCGUCUCCGGCAACCCGUCCUUUCCAGCUAACAGUGCAGAAACUGGAGACCACCCUGCAAUCCGCAAGAGAGGAGGGCAGCAGUGUAAAGGCUCUCAUCCUGAUAAACCCCCACAAUCCUCUGGGCGACGUGUACUCCGCGGCGGAAAUGCUGGAGUUCUUGGAGUUUGCCAAAAGGCACUCUCUGCACGUCAUAGUGGAUGAGAUCUAUAUGCUUUCAGUUUUUGACGAAGCCACAUCAUUCCACAGUGUCCUGAGUUUGGACAAGCUCCCAGAUCCUCAGAGGACACAUGUAAUGUGGGGGAUCAGCAAGGACUUUGCCGUCUCUGGAAUUCGCUUUGGAAUGCUCUACUCUCAGAAUCAGGACGUCUGCAAUGGGGUGGCCUCACUCUGCUACUUCCAUGGAGUGUGUGGACCCAUCCAGUUUAAGAUGGCUCAGCUGCUCCGGGAUCGAGACUGGAUUAAUCAGGUUUACCUAAGGGUGAAUCACACGCGCCUGCAGGCUGCCCAGUCCUAUGUAGCCGAGGAGCUCCGCUCCAUGGGCGUCCCCUUCCUUAACCGCAGAGCCGGGUUUUUCAUUUGGAUUGAUUUCCGCAAGUACCUGCGGGCACCCACCUUUGAGGAAGAGGUGAUUUUAUGGAGAAGCUUUUUGGAUAAUAAAGUGCUACUGUCUUGUGGCAAGGCGUUUGAAUGUAGCGAGCCGGGCUGGUUCAGAGUCAUAUUCUCCGACAAGACCCAUCGCCUGCAGCUAGGAAUGCAGCGGAUCUGCAAGGUUCUAGAGGCAAGAGAGCGGGAUCUGCAGUUGGAGACCCAUACCCAAGGGGACGAGGAAGGCAAAGCUGACAGUACUGAUGAAGUCAUUUACAUAUCUAGUCACCAUGAAAUCUCCUCAAGCUCCGGCCUAGGAGACCUGAUCAGCCAACUUCAGAGUCAGCUGCGCUCAUCCGAUUGGCUCCAAAGGAACACGGUCGAGAGCUUCGCUCAGCAAAAUCCAGAGGUCUACCAGGUCUACAGCAAGUUCAUGGGCAAGCAGUGAGCAGAGGCUGAAUGUGACAUCCUUGGGGGCCUCUGGAGGGACAAUUCUCUAAGAAAAAAAAAAGUGGAACUGGAAAUUGAAGGAGGGACUUAGUUCAAUGGCAGCUCUCCUGUUUACACUUAAGAGACCAACUUAAUGAUUUUGGCUGUUGAGAUAUAAAGUCACUUGUUCGGCAGACUAGGAGGAACAUCCAGAUGAACUCGAUCCUGUGUGGUGGGGUGGGAUGGUAAUGUGUCUUCCUAAAGAACAAGCUCCAGAUUUACUGCUCUGCGCUAUUUCAAUCAGUUUAUAGAACAAUUAGUGCCCCCCCAACUGAGUAAAGAAAUGUACAUUUAGGAAGGUAUUACUGCUUUUUACAAAUUUUAGCUU